AUCUGGACGAGACAAACAGCGGCAGCCCUAAAGUGGCCAUUUUGGAUCUGACUGCUGUUGACUGCAUCUCUCUCUCCUCCUGCCUCGUGAGUCCCCCCUGAGUUCCUGGCCUACCUUCUGCUCUUUGUGCUGAUUGUUUCAGUGGGGGUGUCCUGGUGCUCUGGGAUGGUAUAUCCGAACCAUGUACCUGGGGAUCCAGAGCCAGAGGCGGAAGGAACACCAACGGCGCUUCUACUGGGCUAUGAUGUACGAGUAUGCAGACGUGAACAUGCUGCGCCUCCUGGAGACUUUCCUGGAGAGCGCGCCCCAACUGGUGCUACAGCUCUGCAUAAUGAUCCAAAAGAACCGUGCAGAAACAUUACCAUGUGUGUCCUCUGUGGCGUCCCUGAUGUCCCUGGCUUGGGUGCUAGCCUCCUAUCACAAGCUUCUUCGGGACUCUAGGGAUGACAAGAAGAGUAUGAGCUACAGAGGGGCCCUCAUACAUCUCUUCUGGCGCCUCUUCACCAUCUCAUCCAGAGUUAUCUCUUUUGCCCUCUUUGCUUCCAUCUUCCAGCUCUACUUUGGGAUCUUUGUAGUGGUCCACUGGUGUGCCAUGGCUUUCUGGAUCAUCCAUGGUGGGACUGACUUCUGCAUGUCUAAGUGGGAGGAGAUCCUCUUCAACAUGGUGGUAGGGAUUGUGUACAUUUUCUGCUGGUUUAAUGUCAAGGAAGGGCGGACUCGAUAUAGAAUGUUUGCAUAUUACACUGUAGUCUUGACAGAGAAUGCUGCCUUGACGCUCCUUUGGUAUUUUUACAGAGAUCCUACAACUACUGACUCAUAUGCCGUGCCAGCACUGUGUUGUGUCUUUCUUAGCUUUGCUGCUGGGAUAGCUUUGAUGCUCUUCUAUUAUGGUGUGCUGCAUCCCAUGGGGCCGAGAGCUAAGAUUUUUGCCAGCUCCUGUUGCGCCGAGCUGCUCUGGGGCAUUCCUUUGCCUCCGGAUGUUGAGCCCAUGGCACCCGAAACCCCUGGGUACCGGGGGGCCGAGGCUACGCCUACCAGAGCGGUCACGGAGCAACAGGAGGAACUCACAGCUGACACUUGCUUGCCAGUUUUCCAGGUGAGAGCAAUGGUGCCAUCUAUUCCAUCUGGGCGAGCCUACUACCCAGAAGGCCCUCUCAUUAAGAUUGACAUCCCAAGAAAGAGAUACCCUGCAUGGGAUGCCCAUUUUGUAGACAGGCGGUUAAGAAGAACUAUCAACAUUCUCCAGUAUGUCACCCCCACAGCUGUAGGUAUUAGGUAUAGAGACGGACCUCUCUUGUAUGAGUUGCUACAAUAUGAGUCUUCACUUUAAAGCUCCUUUAAAAAAAAUAAAAGAGGGGAUCUUAUUUUUGUUUAUGGUAAACACAGAUCAUGAAACAAAACACACACCUUCAGAUAAGCUUUCUUUCUGGCUGCUGUAUGUAUAAAAAAAAAAGAUAAUCUCUAUGUUUUGUAAGUAAAAACAAAAAGAAAAACUUUUCUUUUGUUUUUUACACACAAGAAACAGUAUUUCAACUUCCACACCUAUGAUCCACAGGUGGAGAAGAGGCGUCUCCACAUCAGAGUUUUAUACCUUACACCAAGUGUAGAACAUUAUAUAUGGGAUUGGUGCUGAUUGAAAAAUAAAAACAAACAAACAAACAAACCUACAACUGCCUUAUGCCCUUAGGUGCUGAGUUUCAUUAAGUACUGUCACCUUUCUCAUGCAAAACUCUUGGGUGAUUUUAUGCCAAGAAAAAUAAAAAAAAAAACCUAAAUACAAAACUUAAAAAAAAAAAGAUGAUAAAAAAAAAAAAAGAAACGAGAAAAGAACAACAACAAAGGGUAUUGCUGCUCUUAUGGGAUAUAGGUGAACAAGAAAAAUGUCUAACGAUGAGAAAGCAAAGUAGAAAAGCCCGAAAAGAGUUUGAAUCUCAAAUGGCUGAAAGAAGAUCAGGGCUGUAACACAAUUUGGCAACAUGUUGAUAACAUAGCUUGGUCCCACCUACGCGGGCCAGACCAAACCAUGUUAUAAAUGUAAUCCCCUGAGAAAAUUGUUUCCCUAGCGUAAGUGGGCCAUAUGUGAUGGUCAGCUGUACUCAGUUUGCACCAAAUUCACAUAGUAAUACCAUAUCUGAUCUCACUCGUCACAGUUUUGUACAGUGUAACUCCAUUGAUUUCAGUGGACUUACUCCUAAUUCAUACUGAUGUGAGUGAGCCCAUAAAAAGGCCUUCCAUCUUGAUUUUUGGAAAAUAACGAAUCUGCAUUCUUUAAAUUAUACACCAAAAAUAUAAUACUAAAGUAGAUUUACAUAUAUCUAAUAAAUUAUUUCAGUAAUAAUAAAACUCAGCAUAGUAGCAAAAAGAGAGUCAAUUUAAAGGCACAAUACUUGAUCGGUGACUGGCAAAAUAAUUUGACCUAUUAUAUCAUUUUAAGGCUGUGAAAAGGCAUACAUGUAUUAUUUGUAAUAUUGUGUAAGGCCUGUUAUGUCUCAUUCAGCGUGAGCCUUAAAGUGAUUGUAAAGCAUUCUUUGUUUUGUUUUUUUGUUUUUUUUUAAAGGAAAACAAAAAAGAAAAUUAGGAUAAAAUCUUCAAACAGUAAUAACCUGUAACUGGCGCUUUUCUAAAGAUGAUUUGGUGCUUUGUAUUUUUGUUGAUGUUGUUGUUGUGAUUUAGCUGAGAAUUGUUCAACUCACUUGGUGCAUUCGGGGAACCGCUGAUAAACGUUUUAUGUCACCUUCUGCUGUAAGUACAUGGCAAGAAAUAACACCACAGGAAAUCGAGAGCGUAGCAAGGUCAUCACCGUUUAGCUUAAGAGUUCUCACUGCAAGGAGACACUUCCACCUCCAUUGAUGGCAAAGCUUUAGAAGGAUAUCUGCUAGAGAUCUGAGACGUUUCCAGAUAAUCUUUUUGGUGCGUGAAGGUUUACAUUUCUUUAUUUCUGUGUUGAAGUUUCUUUGUUUCGAGUUAAAUCACAGGCGGUGUAUAUGUAAUACCAUUUUUGGUUUCAAGAGUAUUGCUCCUUUAAAAGAAUAUUCCUGUUCCAGGGCAUUUUUUCAAUCCCACCAUCCCUCUACUUGUGGGGGGGGAAACAACAACAACAACAAAAGAUAUUUUUAAGUGAAUACUGUAGUAUUUUCUCUGUGUGAUUGCAAUUUUUUAUUCCAGAAAUACUGUAACUGUCUAGGGUGCAAAAUUCCCAUGUUGAACUC